AUGUCAACAGAAGUGGAAGACAUAUUGACAAGAAGCAGGGUGACAACUUGGAAGAGGGCCUAUGUGACAUUCUUGGCUGGGAAUGGUGACUAUGUGAAAGGGGUGGUGGGCUUGGCAAAGGGCUUGCGAAAAGUGAAGAGCCCAUACCCUUUAGUGGUUGCUGUUUUGCCUGAUGUUCCUGAGGAACACCUUCAGAUUUUAACGUCUCAAGGUUGCAUUGUUCGCCAUAUUGAACCUAUCUAUCCUCCUCCAAACCAAAUUCAGUUUGCCAUGGCUUACUAUGUCAUCAACUACUCCAAGCUACGUAUAUGGAAUUUUGAAGAGUACAGCAAGAUGAUAUAUUUGGAUGCGGAUAUUCAAGUGUUUGACAACAUAGACCAUUUGUUUGAUGCACCAAAUGGGUACAUGUAUGCGGUGAUGGAUUGUUUCUGUGAGAAAACAUGGAGCCACUCUCCACAAUACAAGAUAGGAUAUUGCCAACAGUGCCCUGAUAAGGUUACUUGGCCUGUUGAAAUGGGUUCUCCUCCUCCUUUGUACUUCAAUGCUGGCAUGUUCGUCCUUGAGCCAAGCACUCUUACCUACCAGAAUCUUCUCACACUGAGAGUCACUCCCCCCACACCUUUUGCAGAGCUAGAUUUCUUGAACAUGUUCUUCCAAAAUACGUACAAGCCUAUACCUUUGAUUUACAACCUGGUUUUAGCCAUGUUAUGGCGCCACCCAGAGAAUGUAGAGCUUGAAAAGGUUAAGGUGGUCCACUAUUGUGCAAUUGGUUCAAAACCGUGGAGGUAGACUGGCAAGGAAGAAAAUAUGCAAAGAGAAGACAUAAAGAUGUUAGUAGCAAAGUGGUGCGACAUUUACAACGACGAAUCCCUUGAUUUUAAUGCUGAGAUUCCUUUUAUGGCAGAAGAAGAGACAUUAUCAAAGUCAUCAAUCAUGGCUUCUAUUCCUGAGCCCAGAAUUUCCUUCAUUCCUGCUCCCUCUGCUGCUUGA